AAAUAAAAUUCACAUUCGAUUUUAGGACGCGGUCUUACGCAGGUGACGUUUAGCGUAUCUUGUGAAUCGAUUUCAGUGCUCUCUAACCUAAAAAUACCCGAUUUCUUCGAAAUCUUCGUCGAGAAAAUAACCAAAGUCGGACUUGGUGGAACUGUUGUACGUUGAAUAUCGAUACUGCUGUGUUCCAAUUGGAUUCAGUGAUGUUUUUCCGGAAAAUGUUGUCGAAUUUAAACAGAGUGUACGGUGGAAGGAUUGUUAAGUAGUUCGAUAGUGGGGGAGCCCUAGGACUAUUGGCCUUGUGCCGUUGCACUGGGGACUCUUCUUGAUCAAGGACAAGUUCCGAGGGAUUCGAUCGAUCUGGCAUGGCACUCGACUGCCAUGUUUGGCUGUAGCACCUCAUGUCCCAAGUGCAAGCACGAGUUCAAGUGCUGUCCGACGUCGCGAUGCCGCCCCCAGGACGUAAGACGGACCUCGCAGUGCCUCAGCGGCGGAGGUCUGGUCGCCACCGCCGCCGAACAAACCUACGACACGGACGUUACGACGCCGUGCCGGUCACCGCAGGUCUCGCCGAGCGUGCCGCUGGCGUUCGUCAUGCCGCAGCCGACGCUGCCGCUCAUUCCUACGCCUCCCCCCUACGACCACCACGCCAAGCCAGAAAUGGACCUGGAAAGGCUUGGAGACACCGUGCGGGCUCUUCGCCUAUCAGGCUGGUUUUACGAGGGCAUCACAUAUCAGCAGAGCCACGAGCUCCUUAAAGACACCGAGGUGGGCACGUUCCUGGUGCGCAACUCCUCGGAUCCGCGAUUCCUAUUCUCCCUGAGCGUCCAGACCGAAAGGGGCCCUACGUCGGUACGCCUCUACUAUCAGCAGGGCUACUUUCGUCUCGACGCACAGCCCCAUCUCUUGUCGGCCAUGCCGAUGUUCCCGUGCGUCCUGGCGCUGGUGGAGCACUACGUGAACCAGAGCAAGGUGUGCAAGAACAACAGCCAGGUCUGGGUGGACUACACGGGAAAAUGGUACUCGCCGAUCGAGCUGAAGAAGCCGUUCAGGAAGGGUCCCACUCCUCCAUCGCUUAAGCACCUGGCGAGGCUGGCCAUCAACAAGGAGCUGCAACUGUCAACCAGACCGCGGGUGGCGUUCCUGUCGCCGCCGCACGCGCAGCUCGAGCUGCCAAAGUCUUUGACAGCCUACUUGGAGGAAUAUCUGUAUUCGUUAUAAUACCAAAGACUGGUCGGUACCAUAUACAUACCGACAUCAGGGACACCACUGAAGUAUUCUGGAACCAAAGUUGUUCAGCUCGAUGACCUAACGUUCGGAUGUUGUAGACCGGUCUAUUCUAGGAGUCGGUGAUGUUGUAAAUCUUCAUUUCGAUGUUCUUACGAAAAAACCCCCUGUCCCUAGGACCACUAAACCAUUUCUAUUUAUUGUUGUUUUUUUUUUUUUUUUGUUGGCUAUUUGAGAGUUUUUAAUAUAAUCGCUGUCGUUUCAAACGUCAGUCAAAUCCCAUCCCUUUUAUUUUAUUUUUUAUUCGGGAGCAAUUGAACUACUAUUUUUUAUUCUCGAGUAAAUGAACUACUGUUCAAAUCAUUUCGAAGGGAUCUUUGUUGUACUUGAAUCCCCCCCCCCUAAAGAAGUUUUAAGAUAAAUUUGGACCCAGCAGCUACUUGACUAUGGCUUCAAAUUUUUAAAAUCCACUAACCGUUUUACCCAUUUCUCUGUUGAUGAAGAUGACAAAGAAUAAGAAUUUUCACUCUUCCAGGAUGUAUUUAUAAACUGUUUAUAGAUUUAUCCAGAGGUAUCCCGUCUUCAAAUCACUUAACAAACUUUAUUGCGGAUAUUUUGAGAACAUCAAAGUGAAGGUUGAUUAAGUUGGUCGAUAAGACCAGAUCCUGUUGAAUGAUUAAAGGACGAAAUAACAAUUCUCAGCUGUGAAACUUUGCUUCUUAGAACGUACGAAAACGUUCUUACUAGCUAGGAUAACUAAUUUUACCAGAAAAAUUCUGUUCAAUGACGAUGAAGUUAUUCGCUAAGAUAUCUAGAUAAUUUAAAUGAGUUUGAUAAUUAUAGUUAGAUUGUUAGAACAAAUUAAUCGAAUAAGUACUUGUGGUGCCUUGUCGCAUUUAAUAAAUGUGUUGAUAUAUCGGAAUGAUAAGUUUCAAAUGUGUAAUUUUGUAACGAGUCAUGUGGAUUAUGUUAUUUUUUUUUAGUAUUACUAUGUUGACUGAAAUGAAAGCUGAAUUGACAAUCAUGACUGGCAUGAGAAGAGAACACAUCAGCAAUAUCAUUUUGAAAAAUGGCAAGAGAUGAAAAAUAUGGUAAACUUAAACACCAAGUCAUUUUUCCAAAAAAUAUAAGUCGUUAGAAUGGAGGCCUUCGUAAAUGUGGAGUUUCUGUUUCUUCUACAAAGUCAUGCGUUUUAUAGACAAUAAGACGAUCAUUAUUGUUAUUAUCAUCCAGAAUUUUAAUUACUUGCUACAUUUAGCCAUACCAUAUUCUUCGUUUUUCAAACACUUAAUGAAAAAUUGAUGAGUGGUGAUUUAUGUUCCUUUUCAUCAAUUUAUGCUGCAAUAAUGAUUAACCAAGUCGAUUAUGCAAUUACUAUACUUAAUGGCAGCCGUGUAAAUAUAGUUAUGAAAUGAAUCAUUGAACAGAAUUAUAAUUUAUAAUGUAGAAUCUGAUUUUAUGUAUUUAUAUUCAUUCCAACAAUGUAAAUAAUUCUCAAAAUGUUUGAAUGCAUGAUAUCUGAAGAUAUUCUGUAAAGUUGAUGUAUUUAUUUCCUCGACAAAUAAAUUAUUUAUUGAUUA